AUGACUGAAGUCCCGCACAAAGCUACACUACCACACGGGACUCCAGAAGUCCUGCGCAUGGCGGAGGUCCCAUGCACAGCUAAAGUACCGAACGCGAACAUCAGCUUGAUGGCAGAAGUCCCGCGCAUGGCAGAAGUGCCGCCUGCAGCUAAACUACUGAAUGCGAAGGAAGUCCCGCACAUGCCUGAGGUCCCAAAUGUUCUGAAUGCGACAGAAGCCCCACCUAUCAACAAAGUCCCGGCCAUUACUAGAGGUGCGAAAGGUCGUAAAAUGGAUGGGAACAACGGUAAACAGAAUGAUGUUAACGUGGAAAAUAAGGGACAGGGCCAGAAACGACUGAGGGAGUUGGAUGACAAAGAAUCCAAAGCCAUUGAUAGGCCCGAACCUCGAUCCAGCAAAAAGGUUAAGGCAAAUGAGCCCUCUCCGAAAUCCAAACCUAGGCCCGUAGGAAGAUCCACCAGGACUGCCGAUCCAGUCAACAUUGCGGGACCUUCAAUGGCUGUCACUAGAUCCAAAGCUAAACUUCGGAAGUCCCGAAGGUAA